UAUACGCAAACCAAAUGUUCAAUUCAUACUAGUAUGAGAAAUAACUUGCAUUCACCAAAGACAUCGACAAGAUUAAGAAAGGCUAUCUGAGGGAACGAGAAGUGCGCAAAGGUAUGAAUCAAAUUGACAAAUAAAGAAUUAAACAAUCGAUACGCUUAGAAUUAUAAAAAAAGAGUCGAAAAUUUUGUUAUUAAUAUGUUGGAGAAUCCAAUCGUUUGUGUUGACUAUCAUCAACCUAAUCAAUCGGCAUUCAGAGACGAGGAUCCCUCCAAGAAUUUAGGAGACCCUCAAUUCUAUGUCAAGGGUUUCAAACACGAAAAAGACCGUAUCCAAGAAGCCCUCGACAAGAAUAAGGAUCUUGACUUCCUGCCCAAUCGAUAAGUAGCUCACUAUUGUUUCCGAGAAAGAGAUCCCUCCAAAGACAUCAAGCGUGACAUUUUUCGAUACAGAGAUAAAACCAGUUUGGAAAGAAUUGAACAGUUCCUCAAGGAUCACACUCAGACUCAAGUUGAAAAUCAGAAAUUCCCAAAAAAGAAGUUGUUCAAUGUUGAAACUCUCUCUGACAACAUGACCUCCUAAGAUCGCAAAGCCUACAUCAGUCGAUUAGUGGCCAAAAACCUUUUGCCUUCUCUCCAUCAAAAAACACAUUUCCAAGCUGCCUCCACAAUGUACAAUAAUCUGCCACGUAUACUAUUUGUCUCUCCCUAUCUCUAGUAUCUCUUAUGGACCACACCAAAUCACUGCCUUAAAUGAAGCAGUUAGACACUGAAGAGAAAAGUAAUCAAAUCAUACUAUUUUAGAAUCUCAACAACAACAGAGAGAAGUUUAAAAGACUGAAGAGAAUGAAACCAAGGACAACAAGGCAAAACAAAAUAAUGAAAUGGAAACUUUCAAUCCCAUAGAAACCUCCAAGGUCAUUUUGGAGAGGUGUUAAGUUAUCAGGAAUAAAAACCCUAAAACUCAUGUCAUUCACAAAGGGGAAGGACAUCUCAUAUCCACUCUUGAUAAAUCCAUACAAGAAGUUUACAAAGAAAUUUAUGGAAUAGACUUCAGUGAACCCAAGUUUUUUCAAAAGUGACUCAAAUAUAAAAUUGAAU